UAAAUUCGCAGGAGACCAAGGACAACCAGGUCCAGUUCAAACCUCACCAGUCCGAAGCACGAUGUUGCCUCAGGUUCUUCUAUUCUUCCUAUUAUCUGGCCCAGAUUGGAUAAAUACAUAUGAAAUAGGAGAUUGUGGCAUCAGAUAUAACAAAUUCGUACCUUCUAUUUCCUAUGGAUCGUCUUCUAAGGCUAACGAGUUUCCAUGGCACGUAGCACUCUAUAGAAUGGACAACAGUUCGAAGUACGAGUACAUAUGUGGUGGGAGUAUCAUAGACACUAAUGUUGUUCUCACAGCCGCGCAUUGUGUUUUUGACGAGGCGGAACAGGAUCUCGACUACAGCAGAAUGGUCGUCGCCACAGGAAAGCACAAUGGUUCUUGGGAACACAGAGACGUUUUCGAACAACGGUUUGAGGUGAUCAGCAAGAAAGUCCGUCCUACCUACAGAGGUACAGAUAACAGGAACCAAGAUGAUAUCGCUUUACUAGCACUCAACGACUCCAUUAAAUUCUCUAGUGUAGUGAUGCCAGUCUGCAUCGAUUGGGGCGGUUUGUAUGAGCCCUAUGAAGAAGAAUUAGGCAUGAUUGUCGGAUGGGGAUUUAACGAAAAGAAGGUUUUGAGUGAAGAACUACAGAUAUCUGAAAUGCAGCAACGCAACUUCGGCGAAUGCCGUAACAAUGUGGGAAAAGGCUAUACUAGCUAUUUGACUUCGGACAAAUUCUGUGCCAUCAGUAAUAAUAAUAGCACAGUGGAGCAAGGAGACAGUGGAGGAGGCCUGGUCUUCAGCAGGAACCAAGGUGAAAAUGAGACGGACACGAGGUACUUCGUCAAGGGAAUCCUCAGCGGCAGGGAGAAGGGCAGCAGGAGCUACGUCAUCUACACCAACAUCAGCAACCACAUGCCUUGGCUCAAUAGUACACUCAUGACUAUAAUCGCUGAGACUAAUGUGAGGAAAGUUUGUGGGCUAAGACAUCCACAGAAUUCUAGCAACGAAAUAAUGAGGUAUGAGGAGUACCCUUGGCUGGCAACAAUAUAUAUGACGAAGAAGAAUAAGUUCUUUGGAAUUAGGUGCGUCGGGAGCAUCAUACAUCAACGAGCCAUAAUCACAAGUUUCUGGUGCAUACAGGACAGAAGACCUCAUUACAAAGGUGUGGAAUACAAGAUACUAGUCGGAAAAAACGAAUUGAAUAUGAAGGAGGAUGAAGAAACUCAACAAGAAUUAAAUAUAGUCAAGAUUCAUAAACAUCAGAAUUACAUCGAUUGGAACGCCAGGUCAGAAAACGAGAUGGUGAUUAUCAUCGUCGACAAGGAAAUCGAUUUUACUGAAUCAGUAGCUCCAAUCUGCAUCGAUUGGGAUCGAAAAUUUCCAAUUCAAGACGCCUCUCUAGGGAUGAUAGCUUCAUGGGACAUUGACGAAUGCCAUUGCCAGGUAAUGGCCAUGUACAAAUAUCUUGAUAUUGACGAUUGCUCUCAGGCUUUUGGCGAUUCGGAAGAGUAUCAAACAUACAUCACGUCUGAAAAAGUUUGUGGAAGAUACGUCAAUGGUUCAAAUUUCAUGCACGGAAGCGACGUCGGUGCAGGUUACUUUUUUUUGAAGAACGGAUCCACAAGACAUUACCUCCAGGGCAUCGUCAGCAGAGGGCGACCGACACACCAAGAGUUCCUUACUUUCACUAACGUGGAAUUGAACCUCCGUUGGAUCAGUGACAUCCUAGUAACCAUCUACAAUACCGGUUCCUGGUGAUUGUCCUGAUAAAAACGUUAUUUAUUAAUAUAUCAUACUGUAUUGCAAGUUUUUUUUACACUAAAUUCAUAAUCAGUAUACCAGCAAGAACUCUCAAAUUAAAUAGCUAAUGCAUUCGAUGUUAUAUGUGACAUCAAUUCGCAAAUGAUAUUUAAAUGCACAAUAUAAUAUUAUCAAGAUAUUCUAUUAUACAAUUGGUGAAGAUAAUUCUUUUGCGAAAAUCCUGAGUUAAAUUUAAGUAUGAAAUUAUAUAUAUAUCAAAUUAGUUUAAGAACAAGGGGUUUUACAACACAAAUUUAUGAUUUGUUUAGAUAAAAGUGCCCAAACAGGUUUUUUAUUACAUAAAUGAAAAAGUGUUCAUUAAUAUAAAUAAGAUACAAAACAUACUAUACAUAAUAUAUUUUACAAAACUAUAGACAAUAAAAGAUCCCGUCUGUAGAGGUCUGUGUUUUAUUCCAAUAAAAUAUAUUUCAUUACACAUCCUAAAUAGAUAACUUAUUAACCUUUUAACCGGGGAAUUCCCUUUUUAAUUACGCAUCAUAUAACAGUUACGGAAUGGACUUAAUCAGUAACAACUAUUAAUAUUAACUAUUAUUUAAUUUAAUCAUUUAAAUCAUUCAUUGACCUUUCUCAUGACCUUUAUCAAAGCCCUAGAUAGCCAGGUCAAGCUGUCUCUGAUAGCUUAGAAAUAGUUAUCUAGAAUGUACCGACUGGACAGAAGACACAUAUCAAGACUUAGGGAACAAUAAC